GUAGUUAAAAAUUCGAAAGAAAAUGCACACAUCAACACCCGCCGCACAAACCGCAAGAAAUUAGUCGGUUUUGUAACGCGCGACGUGUAACAGUUGGUAGGAAUGCGAGGCGUCCAUUCUUGAGGAAUGUCUUCGUAACUUCGACAAUGUACAAUGGCAGAGGAGUAUCCAGUGGUUGUGCACUUCUCAAGGGACCCCUCUCUGGCCAACAUCGAACACAUGAAGCCCCAACCGGAGUCGCCGGAUAAGUUCUCGGAGAGUGGCCAGAAUUUCGACGUCUUCUACGUGAUCUGUAUUGCCUUAUCGAUUAUAACCUAUGUGUUGGAUUUGGUUCUGACAUGUGUUUUGUUGUAUUAUUAUUCGUUGUACAGCUACGGCCUUUAUUUCGCGUUGACUUUGACUUUUAUUCUUGUGCCUGCGUUGUUCGUGACGACGGUUAGUCUUAGAUGGUACAUCAUCGACCACGACGACCCCUCCGUGGGAAAAACGCGCCUUGUCCACUGGGUGGUGCGCAUAGUGUUCCUGCUGCUGCAACUCUCGCCGUUGCUGCGGUAUAUAGACACCUUGAUUUAUGGCAUCCAGAGUAAAAUCCUGGGUUCUUCGUUUCUGUACCGUCGCAUGCUGGAUGAAGACACCAACAGCGCGUUACUGCGACUGUACCAUUGUUUCCUACAUGCAGCCCCACAGGCGGUCAUCCAGCUCAUGAUAAUACUCAUCCACGUGACCCAUCCAGAAAAAGUACCUUUAAAUAUAGAUGUAAUUGUGAUACAAUCAUGGACUGUGGUAGCCGCCUUGAUGUCCAUCGCCUGGUCGUUGACGUCUUAUCACAGAUCAGUUCGUUACGCCCGAGAUGAUAAAGAUAAAAUCAAAUGGGGGGCGACUCUGGUGGCUUUUUGUUGGCACCUGAUGAGUGCAUUGUCCCGAGUAUUAGCCCUCAGCUUAUUAGCCGCGAUAUUCCCAGCAUGGAUGGGUUGCGUCUGCGUCGUCCAUUGGAUAGUCAUGUCAAUAUGGCUAACCCUGAGUCAACACCACCCGUCUGCUUGCAGUAGCCGUUGCGAAGAACUGUUUCUAUCAAUAAGCUUAGGCCUAGCGUACGUCCUGGCCUUCAUAUCGCCGAGGGAUGGCCCCACUCGAUACAUAUAUUUGGCCUAUUAUCUAGUGUGCUUUAUGGAAAACACAGCAGCUUUAGUCGUGUGGUGUGUUACGAACAAUUCGGCCGAGAACCCUUUCCUCUACUACGGAGCGGCGGGGGCGCAGCUCGUGGCCUUCCUCCUCGGCAUCGCGUUCCUCCUGAUCUACUACCAGUACUGCCACCCGUCGCGGACCUAUCGCAGUAAAAUCCCCGACGCGUCAGAUCCGGGGAUGCUCGACAUCGACAAGCCGGGUUACAGUAAAUCGUACGACGUCAGGUCGCACUCCUGAUCCGUGACGUUCGUGUAAGGGCUGCCUUACACGCGGACUUUCGUUUUUGUACCUACAGUGUGCGGUUUGACUUGCACAAGUUACUAACAGAGUUGCUCUCACUAUUAUUUUUCUAGCUCAGUAUUGAAAAAUGUGAUAUUCGCUAGAGGGUUGUACGUAAUGUUGCGAAGCAGUAUUGCGAAGAAAUUAUCGUUUCCAAGUAUUACAAUGGCACGUGCUGCAGAAUUUGCCUUGAAACUGCCGACUGUGCCAAGAGAAAUUUCAACUGUAAUAAUCGGUGUCUAAUAUUGCCUUAAAUGUACAUAAGAUUUAUUACUGUUGACGCUUCAAAUUUUAUUGUUGUUUGACGAGAGGUUUAAAGUUGUUUUCCUUCAAAUCUGUUGGGUCUUGCCGUCUUCGCACGUGUACUUAUGAUUUGGUUGAAAAUGCGGGGGGCGGAGUUUGCGUACACUUGCUGAUCGCGUUAGAUGCCGUUUUUACACUAGCAAAGGGCAAGUUUUGUUGUCAUGAGUGAUAUUCGAAGCUCUGCGAUAUAUGUGUGAAAAAAUAUCUAUAUGCCUAAGAUGUUAUUUUGAGGGAACAAUUUCAAAUUAUGAUAUAUUUUGUAUUAUAUUUGCAAAUAUUGUAAUAUAGAUGACUGUAAAGUAUUUAUAAGUGUUGUUUUUUUUUUUCUAAUAAAAGUUCAAAAUCG